AUGUCCCAGCUCCUGAACAGCAUCUUCACCGUGAUUAAAGUAUUCCACGAGUAUGCCGAUAAGAAUGAUGACUGCACAUCCCUGUGCAAGAAAGAAUUGAAGCAGCUUCUCCUGGAGGAGUUCAAGGAGAUCCUUCGGAGACCACACGACCCUGAUACCGUUGAUACCAUCUUGCAGCUCUUAGAUCGGGACCGUGAUGGAUAUGUAGACUUUAAUGAAUUUCUUUUGCUGGUGUUCAAGUUGUGUCAAUCCUGUUAUCAAAUUCAGAGUAAAAACUUAUGUAGAGACAAAGAUGGGGCCCACCAAGAACGAGGAAGAGAGAGAACCCAGGACCAUCAUCUUCCAGAGGAGGGCACAGACAAGCAACAAAAACAGAGGCAGAAGGAACAAAGGCAGCAUUCCCGGUAUGGUCAGGAUGAGGGACAAGAUAAUGACUCUCACUAUGGUCAGUAUGAGGGAAAAGAUGAAGAUUCCUGCUAUGGUCAGUAUGAAGGACAAGAUGAGGAUUCCCACUAUGGUCAGUAUGAGAGACAAGACCAGCGUUCUCAUUGUGGCCAAUCUGGGAGACAAGACCAGCAUUCUCGCCAAGGUCGGUCUGAGAAACAAGACCAGCAUUCUCGCCAGGGUCAGUCUGAGAAACAAGAUAAGACCUCUCGCUAUGAUCAGUCUGAAAGAUUAGGACAGGAUUCACAUGACACUAAUUCAAAGAGACAAGGACAGGAUACUCGCUCUGGUCAGUCUGGAAGGAUAAGACCGGAAUCAAGUUGUGGCCAGUCUGAGAAACAAAAGCAUGUCUCUUACUUAAGUCAAAAUAAAAGACAAAGUCAGGCCUUUGACUGUGGUGAACCUGGGGAACAAGACAGUGGUUCUCAUUAUGGUCAGUCUCAAAGGCUGGGACAAGACUCAAGCUGUGGUCAGUCAGGCAGACAAAGACUAUACACUGGUAAUUGCCAUUCAGAUAGACAAGGACAAAAGUAUUACUAUGGUCAGUCAGAGAGACAAGGCCUGGACUCUAGCUAUGGUCAGUCUGAGAGAUCAGAACAGGAAUCUAGCUGUGGUCAGACAGGCAGACAAAGACUAGACUCUCACUAUGGCCAUUUAGGGGGGCAAGGACUGGACUCUCACUAUGGCCAGUCAGGAAGGCGAGGACUAGAUACUCAGUGUGGUCAGUCAGAAAGGCAAGGACUAGACUCUCACUAUGGCCAGUCAGAUGAGUUUGGACAAGAAUCAGGUCGUGGUCAGACAGAUAGACAAGGUCUAGACACACACUAUGGCCAGUCAGGAAGGCGAGGACUGGAUAUUCAACAUGGCCAGUCAGGAAGGCAAGGACUGGACUCCCACUAUGGCCAAUCAGAGGAGUCUGGACAAGAAUCAGGUUGCGGUCAGACACAUAGACAAAGUCUAGACACUCAUUAUGGCCAGUCAGGAAGGCAAGGACUGGACACUCAACGUGGUCAGUCAGAAAGGCAAGGACUGGACUCCCACUAUGGCCAGUAUGAGAGAUUUGGACAAGAAUCAGGUUGUGGUCAGACAGAUAGACAAGGUCUAGACACACACUAUGGCCAAUCAGGAAGGCGAGGACUGGAUACUCAAUAUGACCAGUCAGGAAGGCGAGGACUGGAUUCUCACUAUGGCCAGCAUGAGGAGUUUGGACAAGAAUCGAGCUAUGGUCAAACAGGCAGGCGAGGUUUGGACUCUGGUUAUGGAUAUUCUGAGAUACAGGGGCAAAAUCGUCACUUCCAAGAUAGCAGAAGAGCAGGACAGGAAAGGCAGGGGCUGAAUAGAAGCCAGGGGUAUCUCUCUGGGGAAGACAGGCAGGGCCACUUUCAAGAAGGGCUGUGGCAACCAGAAAGGGAGUCUGAACGCCGUCAACAUAAGUUGUAUUCCCAGUUCCAGCAAGAAAGGUCUCUCUGCCACAAAGGGAGAGACUGGCAACAGAGUGGUGGUCAACAGACUGGAGGACAGUCACAAGACAGACAAAGGAAUGAAGAAAAGCCAAACCAUCAAAGAUACCACCAGCAAACAUAUGAAGAGGAAGAGAGUCAUCAAACCAGAGAUAGACAGGGUCACGAGGAGCAGGGAACCUCUUCUCAGAGGCAUGAGAGACAGACCUGCGGUAAUGAGCAAAGUCAUCAGAUACAGGACAGGCAAACACAGAACCGGCAAACCCAAGACAACAAGAGGUAUCAUCAGACCUGGGACAGACAAGAUCGGCAGGCCAGUGAUAAUGAACAAAGUCGUCAUCUGAGGGACAGGCAAACCCAUGAGGAAGAAGAGAGUUCAUGUCACACCCAGAACAGACAAGCCCGCGAAGGGCAGAGACAACAAGAGGCCCAGAAUCAGCAAAGAGAUCAGCAGAGAUACCCACAGACAGGGGGAUCCUACACUCGUGAGCACGACCACCUACGUCAUCAGAGACAAGAUUCUCAGAGAAGGCCUGGUGACCAAAGUUCCCAUCCAACCCAGGCCUAUGGGAAUCUUAGAGGAAGAACAAGUAAUGGGAGCCAUUCCACUAACUCAACUGUUGCUCCUAGCCCCCUCUAUAAGUAUGUACAAGAGCAAAAAACCCAGGGGCAUCACAACUAA